AUGAAGCUGGAAAGGGCAUGUGCGCAUGUGAUAUCGGAUGCUUUGCUGGAGAGGCUGCGCACUAUUCUUCCCGAGGGCCAGGGUGGAAAGUUGAUUGCCCAGGCCUAUGAUGGGGCCGCUGUGAUGAGGGGAGCCACUGGCGGAGUGCAGCGCAAGGUGCAAGACAUCUACCCUACCGCGCAUUACACCCACUGUUACGCCCAUCAACUCAACCUUGUCAUGCAGAAAGCAACUUCUCACAUUCCCCAGAUAAGUCACUUCUUUUCAGAUAUGGGGGGAUUCGCUUCUUUUUUUACCAAGUCGACCAAGAGAACAGCUGUGCUUGAUGAAAUGGUGGCCCACAGACUUCCGAGUGCCUCGUCAACACGCUGGAACUUUAACAGUCGUGCAGUGAACACUGUGUACGAGCACAAGGAUGACCUGGUGAGGUGUUUUCAGACCAUCCGCAACAGCGACGCUUUUGAUGGACAGACAAACAGAGAAGCCGGUGGGUUUGUCCGUAUGCUGGAAGACGAAUCCUUCUGUUUCUUCCUCAACCUCUUCCACAAGAUUAUGCCACAUGUCGAUAUCUUGUACAGCCAGCUACAGAGGAGAAACUGUGACUCCAUCUACAUCGGAGGGGCCAUGCAGGCAUUCAUUCGCCGCAUGCAGAAUAUCAGGGAUGCUGUCCCUUUCUUGGUUGGGGAUGAGGAGUACAGGGGACCUGUUCAGGAACCAGCCCCAAAGAGACGGAGAACGUUGGAAGAGGACAGACAGCAACGUUUGGCAGAGGAGGUGUGUGACACCAUUAUGACCCAUGCCACAGAGAGAUUUGCCUUCACCAAACACCUUGUCAGCGCCACUCUGUUGCAAGGAGACCUCUUCCAACAGCACAGGAGAAAGUUCCCAGAUAGAGCCCUGGAAACUACAGUGGAAGCCUAUCCCUCACUGGACAAGGCCAGACUUAAAACAGAACUGUCCCUGAUCUAUGACAAUGAGGAGUUCCAGAAUUGCAGUGGUGCGCUGGCUCUUUACCAGGUUUUGAUGGCAAAUAACCUUCAGGACACUUUCGCCGAAACUAUGGGCAAGGGCCUCUUCAGAGUUCAAAAGGUUCCAGGCUGA